ACUAUGUGGAUCAGAAACGGAGGCUAGCUUUACCAAAAAAGUAGAGAAACUAAAUAGGAGGCCUGAAGGGAUGGAGUGAUCAGCCUAAGGUCAGGCACUAAUGAGAAGUUAAGCUCUCAGACCCAGUUUUUUUUUGGUCUCCUUUUCUUCCCAAUCCUGGAACAAGAGGGAGGCUCACUAAAGCGAAUUCUAGUCUCAGGGGUCAGAAUCCUGAAACCACGGCUCGGGGAUCGGGGCCGGCUGCGCCCUCAGGACAGCUAGGGAAACUGAGGUCCUGAGUUCCGCGCGCAGACGCCUGCAGAGAACGGGAAGGGGCGCGUCCUGCCUGGCGGGCCGCCUCUUCCCGCCCCCCAUCGCCGGGUCCCCCGCCUCGUCUUGGCCCUCGCAAAGCCGCCACCUCGGAAGCGAGUCAUGGUGGCUGCCGUGGCGGCGGCGUGGCUGCUCCUGUGGGCCGCGGCCUGCGCGCAGCGGGAGCAGGACUUCUAUGACUUCAAGGUGGUCAACAUCCGGGGCAAGCUGGUGUCGCUGGAAAAGUACCGCGGCUCGGUGUCCCUAGUGGUGAAUGUGGCUAGUGAGUGUGGCUUCACAGACCAGCACUAUCGAGCCCUGCAGCAGCUGCAGCGGGACCUGGGUCCCCAUCACUUCAAUGUGCUUGCCUUUCCCUGCAACCAGUUUGGCCAACAAGAGCCAGACAGCAAUGGAGAGAUUGAGAGCUUUGUUCGUCACACCUAUAGUGUCUCUUUCCCCAUGUUUAGCAAGAUUGCAGUCACUGGCACUGGUGCCCACCCUGCCUUCAAGUACUUAACUGAAACUUCUGGGAAGGAGCCCACCUGGAACUUCUGGAAGUAUCUGGUGGCCCCAGAUGGAAAGGUAGUAGGGGCUUGGGACCCAACUGUGUCAGUGGAGGAGAUCAGGCCUCAGAUCAUGGAACUGGUGAGGAAGCUCAUCCUGCAGAAGCGAGAAGAUUUAUAACCACCUUGCCUCUUCUCCCACCAACCCUGUCCCACCUACCUGUGUAUAAGUGACCAAAGCAAACUCAAAUGGUGCUUCAAAGGGAGAGACUCACUGAUUCUCUUUCCGUCAUUCUUAUCCCACCUCCCCUUUCAUUCUUAUAAGGGGAAAAUUCUAGUAUUUUUUGAAUCAUAGAGCCACCAGAAGGAACUCCUGGCCAAGAAGAGCUCUUGGUAGUGAAUCGCUAGUCAUUGAAGACACGUGGCAAGUAGAAGAAUAUCUGGCAAUAAUCUACCCUCUCAGGACUCUGGAAAAUGGGGCCAGUUCCUACCUCAUAGGGCUGUUGUGAGGAUUAGGAUGGAGCACCUGGGAAAGUGCCUUGGGCAGUGCCAGCCAAAUAGGAGGCAUUCAAUAAAUGUGGUGUGUUUUUUGCAUAUAAACCAAAAAAUAACUUGUGGUUAAUAAAAACUUAUACCCAACAUAAAUUUCCACCCAAUAGAGAUCUAGAUCAAA